ACCAGCUGGUACCAAGGGUUCCUCCGUGUCCUGCUGACUUUAUUUGUGGCGCGUCUGAAAUCAGGACAUGGAACAGAUUCAUAAGAGCAAAACUGUGAAUAUCUUCCUUGGCUUUCUGCUGGCUUUAUCAAUAUGUUGUGUUUGUAAGGCCCAAAAACUUUGUACAGUUUCUUCCGACCCUGUAUUUAUUCAAGAAAACAGCACAGUAGACCUGCUGGUUGCAAAAAUCAACUCUAGCGAAGAUGUAACACUAACCUUAACAGAAAAUCCGGAGGAGGGUUUCUACCUGAAGGGUUCUGAACUCUGGGCUAUAAAAGGAUUGGAUUAUGAGACCCUUCCCAGUGUAGACUCCUUCUUUGUACGGGUGCGAUGCAACAGAACAGGCUCUAGAUCUGUGAAUGUGUCAAUUGAGGUUUUUGUGGAAAAUGUGAACGACAAUCCACCAAACUUUGCUCAAAACCAUUAUGUUCUAAAUGUGAAUGAGCUUUCCCCAGUCAAUAGCAGCGUUGGACUGAUAGAGGCCACAGACAUUGAUUCUGACCUACUGUACUACCGACUGGAAUCAGCGAUGGACAAGUAUUUCCGACUAGAGAAUGUGAACACUCCAAAGAUCCUUGUGCAAAACAUUCUGGACUAUGAUGCAAUCCAAAAGAUUUCCCUUGUCUUGCAUGUGCAGGACACCUAUAAUGGCUCAGCUUCCAGUGAACCCUUCUUCACUUCAGUCACCACUAUAACGGUCAACGUUAAAGACAUCGACAACCGCCCACCAUGGUUUCAGCCCUGUGUACGGACCAACAUUGGCCCAGCCAAGCUGUGUGUCAGCACAGGAUACAAGGGCAAGGUCAAUCUCACAGAGAGAGAGGAUGGAGCCUUGACUUUGGAGCCUGGUCCUGUAUAUGCCAAAGAUGGGGAUAGAAAUAGAAGUGAGCAGAUCAGCUACAGAAUACUCAGAGGGAACGAGGGAAACAUUUUCCAGAUUGAUGAGGAGACUGGCAACAUAACCAUGGCCAAAGCUGCUGAUAUCGUAGGACUGAUAACUCUCACUGUUCUGGCUUCCCAGGUCACAAACAGAGACCAGUUUGCCACCACAGCAGUGACCAUCGAGGUGAUGAAGAAAAGCAGAAAUCCUCCUCGCUUCGAAAAGGACCGCUACGAAGGCUACAUCUACAGCAACUCAGUACCCGAGAGCAUGAUCCUCCGAGACCGCACUUCCAACAGGCCCUUCAGAGUCAAGGCCCGGGAUGAAGACUUUGCCACUGGUAUCAACCCAGAUGUGAAAUAUGAGGUGCAGUACAGCAGUUAUGUCAACGUGACUACCGAGGGUUUUGUGAUUCUGAAGAGAGUUGUCAAGACAGAGUCAUUUGCAUUGCAGCUGCGUGCGGUGGAUGUCUCAACAGGGGAGUUUGGUACAACUGCCCUCUCAGUCCAGGUAAUACCAGCAGUGGCAGUCCCAUCCCCCUCUGGAGCGGGCUACCGUGCUGGUGACAUGGCGCUUCUGGGCCUGAUCAUGGCGGCCGUGUUGGUCCUCUGUCUCAUUGUGAUUGGCUUCCUGAUCUCUCGUCUGAGGAAGGGGAACACCAGUUUUCAUAAGCUAUCUGAGUGCUUGGGUCCUUGUCUGCGGUUUGGUCAGCCCCAGGGUCAGCCCAAGGACACCAUGCAGUACACCAACGACGGCUUCCAGAAUGAGGGCGACAUGGGCCGUGGGGGCUCCAGGCGCCUGGAAACAGCCAGCCCCAGGCGCACGGUGACCCCAGCUCGAGAUAGAGUGAUCCCCAUGGAGCAGCGAAACCGCCACUGCUCUUCCUGUGGAGUAUAUGCUAACCACGUAGGCAAGGCUCGACCGGCUAGCUUCUCUGGGAGAGGGGCAAGACAGGGAGAGGAGUACGGAGUGAGAUCAAUCCUCAGCAAGGAGAGGAAGAGGGACGAGAGGCAGAAGACUGUGUGGUUCAAGGAAAAUGAGGAGUCGUCGGAAAUUGAGGUUGAGAUCAUCCCAGACUCUCUGGGCCAAGAGGAGAAGGCAACGGACGAGGUGGAUGAGCAGGAGAUGGAGGGGGGAGGUGAGAGCAUGGCUACCCAGACAGAUUUGGGUGACGGGCAAGGGGAGGUGAGUGGGGGGCCUGUUCAAGAGCCUAAGGAUCAACUCAUUGCUGACUCGGCAGACCAAGGGGAUGAGAAAAAGGAGGCGGAUGGCUGAGAUCAUGGAAGCAGUGAAUGUCUUCGAGCCUUAAAGAGAAAGCGUUUUACAUGAAAAGUCGCUUUUGUAGAGAUUGGACACAAUGGAUAAAAUGCUGUUUUCAUUUCACUUUUUUGAUGAUUUUUCGUAACAGUUUUUCACACUCCAUAAAGGCUCCUGAUGAAGCAGGACAGACUCAAGGAGACACUAUUUAUUUCUGGUGGGAAUAUCCUAUAUUUGUCAGCGUCUUUGAUAAUAUUAUAACCAUCCUUUACAUAGUAUGUGUAGACAGUAAGUCUACAAGAGUAACAAGAAACAAAAGACAAGAGUACACAAAAGUGGGAAACCCAUCACUCCUCAGUUCCGAAGCAUUGAAGUCUAAUUUCAGAUUUAGUUGUGAAUGAAGUAAAUGUACCGUAGUAGCGUUUUAUAAAUCAUCUUAAUUACCAUGGAGUUUUACUAAUGUGAGAAAAUACUUUUGGGGGUAAACAGGCAUUUUCACUUUGCCACAACAUGAAGUCUGGGAAGGAAGGAAAUAAUGUCUACUGAAUACUACACAUAUAUAUAUAUAUGUAUAUAACACACAUGUUUGGGACUUGGGACAUUUUAAGUUGUUUAUUGUAUCUGUAGAUUGUAUUUAUUAAAAAAAUUGUCAAGA